AUGGCCAAGGCCAAGCAGGAUGUCAAGGAUGAGUACAAGAACUACUCCAAGGGCAGGGACGCCGAGUGGAUCGCGAAGUUCAAGAAGUACGGCGCGACCCGUGUUGAUCCCCAGACUGGAGAAUAUCUGUAUCGACGCAUCGAACUGCAGGGUUCGGAUAUACUGUUACAUGAGCAGGAGCUGGCCACCACCAACACCACGGGCAACGCCCCGAUGGACAAGUGCACCCCCGUUAAGUACAAGCGCAGCGCUGGUGGCAUGAAGUCCUCGGGCUCGAAGGACAAGGCGGCGCCACAGCCCGCGGCACCGAGCGGGGAGUGCAGCAAGGUGCUCGGCGAGUCGACGCGGCUCGACGCCCUCCUCUCUGGAAUCGACGUGGACGAGAUCCCGUGGAUGAAGCCCUUCAAGGCCCAGGUCGAGAACUCCAUCAAGGCACUGAACACGGUCAAGGUUGCUAUGACGGCGACGCUGCAGGGAAAGCCACCCAAAGACCUGGACAUGGCCAGCAUGAAUGACAAGAUCGACGAGGACGUGAUGAAGAUGGCGUGGUGA